GUGGUUUUUGACAUGAUGACACUCAAAAUUUGUAACUUUGAAUAAUUUUUUAGUAUAAUUCACUUUAUAAAUAAACACGAUUAUAAUAGUGCUAUUAAAAUCAAGUUCUUUCUCUUUAAUUCUGCGUUUCAUAAAUUAGAAGCUUGACUUUAAACUUUAACAUAUAACUUAUAAAAAUCUCAAAAAAUGCCUAGUCAAGAAGUGGUAACUACAAAGGUAGUGGUUCAUCCACUUGUUUUACUUAGCGUUGUCGACCACUUCAACCGUAUGGGCAAAAUUGGUAAUCAAAAAAGAGUAGUCGGCGUGUUGCUGGGUUGCUGGAGGGCAAAAGGAGUUCUUGAUGUAUCAAACAGCUUUGCAGUUCCAUUUGAUGAAGAUGACAAAGACAAAUCAGUCUGGUUUUUAGACCAUGAUUAUCUGGAAAACAUGUAUGGCAUGUUUAAAAAAGUUAAUGCAAGAGAAAAAGUGGUUGGAUGGUACCACACUGGUCCUAAAUUACAUCAAAAUGAUGUGGCUAUUAAUGAAUUAGUAAGGCGUUAUUGCCCCAAUUCAGUUCUCGUCAUUAUAGACGCUAAGCCCAAGGACUUGGGAUUACCAACUGAGGCUUACCGAGCAGUUGAAGAAGUUCAUGAUGAUGGAAGUCCCACAACUCGCACCUUUGAGCAUGUUCCAAGUGAAAUUGGAGCUGAAGAAGCAGAAGAAGUAGGUGUCGAGCAUCUACUGAGAGAUAUUAAAGAUACUACUGUUGGAAGCCUUUCUCAGCGUAUAACUAACCAGCUACUUGGUCUUAGAGGACUUCAUUCUCAGUUAAGUGAAAUAAGAGAUUAUCUUGUUCAAGUUGGUCAAGGAUCUUUGCCUAUGAAUCAUCAAAUUAUAUACCAACUUCAGGAUAUUUUCAAUUUGCUACCAGAUAUCUUAAGUGACAACUUUGCUGAUAAUCUCUAUAUUAAAACAAAUGAUCAAUCCCUAGUUGUUUACCUUGCGGCUCUUGUAAGAUCUAUAAUAGCUUUACACAAUCUUAUCAACAAUAAGAUUACAAACAGAGAUGCUGAAGAAGGCAAAAAGGAUGAGGCAAAGGACAAGAAGGAAAAGAAAGAUGAUAAGGAUGAUAAAAAGUCUGAAGAUAAAGGAAAAGGAGACAAAAAAGAAAAAGAUGAAAAGAAGAAAUGAUUUAAAUAACCCAAUAGUAUAAGUUUGUAAUUCAAAUUGUUCUAAUAAAUUAAUUUUUUAAA